AUGAGUAAUUUUCUAUAUCUCGAAAUAGAAUCGAAAACUACUCGGAAAGAGGAAGAUGAAGAAACAGAUCAAGAUGAUCUAGAUGAUGACGAAGAAAGAUCAAAGAUAGAACAUGAUGAUCAAGAUGAUGAAGACGAUGAUGAAGAUGAAGAAGAAGAAGAAUGUGAAGAAUGUAAAGAAGUUGAGGAUGAUACGCCAUUGAAAAAAUUACAUUACAAAUGCAAAUAUCCGGUAGAAAACUCCAGUAGAUUUUCAUUACGUGUGAUGGAAGCGAUGCGUUCAUUGCAAAAACAUGAAAAUGUUUUGCCUAUAUCAUCCAGAAAAGAAAUAGUUGAUUAUAUCGAAAAGAAUUAUAACAACGAUGGAGAUCUUAAUGCCCAGGUGCGAACCUCUUUAAAACAACUUUGUACUCAAGGAUUCGUUGCAGAGGUAUUGAACGAUGAAUAUCAACUGAUAGGUCCUUUUAGUUUCACACGAAUAUUAGAAGACUGCGAAUGUUUUGCAAAUGUUGCAAAGAAACGUAUGAAUACACCAAAAUUUACAAGAAGAAAUAAUAAUUCACGAAAGUAUCCUGUAAAUGAAGAAACAAAAAAGCAUAAUAAUCGUAAAAGAUUGAUUUCUAACGAGGAUCAACAAACUGUUGAUGACAUUCAAGAAGACAAUGAUGAUCAUCGUACAUUUUUUCACAAACGUACACCAAAACGCGUGCGUAAAACAAAUGAUAAUAUUCCUGCAACAUCAGGAAGUGUAGAAAAAAAUCAGGAAACUAUUAUUGCAUCGAAUAAUCAAGUUAAUAAUAAUUCUCAGGACGAUCUAUUUCAGGAAAUAGAAAAUUCGAUUUCGGAAAAAUCGAAAUCGCGCGAGAAAGAAUUAAAAAAAUGGAUACAACGAUGUCGUCGCGAAUGCGAAAAGCAAAAGAAAAAAUAA